UACACUGUAAUAGAUACUGUGUAAGAGUGUAAACAGUAUCGUUUGAUCUAGAGGAACGAAAAUGGCAGGCAUGAUGGUUUUCUGCACCCGUAGUCUUCUCUCUCGCCGUUCGUCUUCUCCGGCUCUCCGGCAUCCCUUUGUUUCCUUGCUCUCUCGACAGAUUAGCUCGGAGGCAGAUAGUAUUGUUGAUCGUCUCAAGAGUUCUGGGCUUUUACGCACCCAGGGCCUUAUUGGAGGGACAUGGACUGAUGCAUAUGAUGGUAAAACUUUAAAGGUCCAAAAUCCUGCCACCGGUGAUGUUAUAGCAAAUGUGCCAUGCAUGGGUGGAAGAGAGACAAUUGAUGCCAUUGGUUCAGCAUCUGAAACGUUUAGCUCUUGGAGCAAACUUACUGCAGCUGAAAGAAGCAAGUACCUGAGAAAAUGGUAUGAUCUCCUGAUUGUUCACAAAGAAGAACUUGGCCAACUCAUAACAUUAGAACAAGGAAAACCCUUGAAAGAAGCUAUUGGCGAGGUUAGUUAUGGGGCCAGUUUUAUUGAGUUUUUUGCAGAAGAGGCUAAGCGUGUCUACGGUGAUAUAAUUCCGGCUACACUACCUGACCGUCGUCUUUUUGUCUUAAAGCAGCCUGUAGGUGUUGUUGGCGUAAUCACUCCUUGGAAUUUUCCGUUGGCUAUGAUUACUCGCAAGGUUGGUCCCGCCCUUGCCAGUGGCUGUACUGUGGUCGUUAAACCUUCUGAGCUGACACCUUUAACUUGCUUAGCAGCAACUGAGCUCGCCCUUCAAGCUGGGAUACCAAAGGGUGCUAUAAAUGUAGUUAUGGGAAAUGCUCCUGAAAUUGGAGAUGCUUUACUUGAAAGUAAACAGGUCAGGAAGAUCACUUUUACUGGCUCAACUGCAACAGGAAAGAAAUUGAUGGCUGGUGCUGCUGGAACUGUUAAGAGGGUGUCACUAGAACUUGGUGGUAAUGCACCUUGCAUAAUCUUUGAUGAUGCAGACAUAGAUGUUGCAAUAAAAGGAGCGAUGGCAGCAAAGUUCCGCAACAGUGGUCAAACAUGUGUGUGUGCCAACAGGAUCCUAGUGCAAGAAGGUAUAUAUGAGAAAUUUGCGACUGCAUUCUCAAAAGCUGUCCAGAGCAUGCAAGUUGGCAAUGGGUUUCAUGAAGGUGUGGUACAGGGCCCCCUAAUCAAUGAAGCUGCUGUACACAAGGUUGAAGCAUUUCUGGAAGAUGCAGUCUCAAAGGGAGCAAAAAUACUUGUUGGGGGAAAGAGGCAUAGCCUUGGAAUGACUUUCUAUGAACCAACAGUAGUAACUGAUGUCAAGAAUGAAAUGCUUAUUUCAAGGGAUGAAGUGUUUGCACCUGUUGCACCUCUUUUGCGGUUUAAAACAGAGGAGGAAGCUAUCCACAUUGCAAAUGAUACCGAUGCAGGAUUAGCUGCUUAUAUAUUCACUUCAAGCAUGCAACGUUCAUGGCGUGUCUCUGAAGCUCUUGAAUAUGGACUUGUUGGAAUUAACGAGGGGAUAAUUUCAACCGAGGUUGCCCCAUUUGGAGGCGUCAAACAAUCUGGUCUUGGACGAGAAGGUUCCAAAUAUGGAAUAGAUGAAUAUCUAGAGAUGAAAUAUAUAUGUCUUGGAAAUUUGAGUAAUUGACAAAAUAAUAGAGCAGCAGAAUCAGGAGGUUGAAAAUAACUGGUCAGUCUUUUAAUUGCAUUUCUCUUUUCCUUUUUUUCACUAUUUUGAAAGAAUUAAGUUCAAGAUCCUAAUUAAGUUGUUGGAUGAAUACUUUGAUUCCUGUUUGUACCUUUUCUUUUAUUUAUUUUUUUCCUUAUUUUGAGAA